AUGAAGACUCCAAUGCUCUUGACACUUCUCUCUUUCACUCAACUUCUUCUCAUCACCAUCCUCCCAAUCGCAUCCGCCGACCUGGUCGACGACACAUGCAAGAAGACGCCAUAUGCUGACUUCUGCAUCUCGGCUCUCAGGUCCGACCCCCGUAGCUCGACCGCAGACACCCCAAAGCUAGGUCUCAUCAUGGUUGACAAGGUCGACACAAGCGCCAAGUCAACUCUGACCAAAAUCAAUGACUUGCUCGGCAAAUCCCCUGACCCGGGGAUGAAAAAAGCCUUGACCUUUUGCAAGGAGUCGUACAAAAUUGUCAUAAGCGCGUUGGUGCCGUCGAGCAGGGAAAGUUUGAGCAAAGGGGACUACAAGUUUGCCGUAGACUACAUGAAGGGUGCGGCGAGGGAAGCAUCCGAUUGCGAAGUGGGCUUUGGACGCAAGUCGCCAUUAUCAGACUUGAAUGAUUAUGAGAACAAGGCGGCCUCGGUGGCUUCCGCCAUUGCCAGUACACUGCUGUGAGC